CGCGCACGCGCGCCCCGGUAGCGGAAGCGCCUCUCCUCCCGCCGGCCUCGCCGCCGCCAUCUCCUCGGGAGGAGGAGGGAGGAGGAGGAGCCCGAGAGUCGGCAGCCGAGCAGGGCACAGCAGCAGCUCCGCCUGGGCAGGCCGGGGGCGGGAAGCGGAAGGAGCGAGACCCCGCCGCGGCGGCCUCAACCAUGUCAGAAGGGGACAGCACAGGCGAGUCCAUCCAUGGCAAAUCUUCAGUGGUCUAUAGAUUUUUCACACGGUUCGGACAGGUUUACCAGUCCUGGUUAGACAAAUCUACUCCUUACACUGCCGUGCGAUGGGUUGUAACGCUGGGUUUAAGUUUUAUCUACAUGAUUAGAGUUUAUCUACUACAGGGUUGGUACAUCGUGACAUAUGCCUUGGGCAUCUACCACCUAAAUCUUUUCAUAGCUUUCUUGUCGCCAAAGGUAGAUCCCUCUCUAAUGGAGGACUCAGACGAUGGACCUUCACUGCCCACAAAACAGAACGAGGAGUUCCGGCCCUUCAUUCGGAGGCUGCCAGAGUUCAAAUUCUGGCACUCUGCUACUAAAGGCAUCCUUGUUGCCAUGACAUGUACAUUCUUUGAGGCUUUCAACGUUCCAGUCUUUUGGCCCAUCCUCGUGAUGUACUUCAUAAUGCUCUUCUGCAUCACGAUGAAGAGGCAAAUCAAGCAUAUGAUAAAAUACCGAUAUAUACCCUUCACACAUGGCAAAAGGAAAUACAAAGGGAAGGAAGAAGUGGGGAAGACCUUCGCUAGCUAGAAAUCAAACCCAGCCUGCUGACCAACUCCCUACAUCAUAAUUAAAAAAAGAAAAGAAAAUGGUUUUGAGCCAUUGUAACAAUGCCUCUCUUUCCUUCAUACUAAAUCCUCGAUAAGAGGGCAGUGACUAGGAAGCUGCAUCCCCCCCCCCCUUCCUGGUUUUAUAUUGAGGGUUGGGCCCUUUUUUUUGGUGGUCUUUUAAUCAGAAUUGCAGGAGAGUACUGACACCGUUGCCCCGUUUUUGAGUUUCUUUAAGCAGGCCGGUCUUCCUCCAGCCCCAAGAGUGCUCACGUCUUUUUGCAGACGGAAGACAUUGUGUGCCCCGCACACAGGCAAACCCCUCAGAGUUGGCUCCGACAUAUCCACAAACUCUAGGACUUGGGUGGCGAUUUGCAAGCCUUUCAGGGAGCCAGCCUUGGCCACUUCCGACCUGUCCAUGUACAUGGAGGCAGAGUAAUAUGGGGAGGAAUUUUAAGGCAGGAUUCAUCUUGAGGCCCACGGUGCAGCCUCGUGUGGGGACUGUGUCUUUUUCUGGCCCUGUAUAGUUCUAUCCAAAAGUGCAACCUGUACAAUUCCAAAAGGCGAUCUUGUGUGCAGUCAUGGAGGAAAAUGAGUCCCACUGAUGGCAAUUUCCGCUUUGUAACGCCCUAGAUUCGGCUAGGAGACCCACUUAAGCUCUAAGUUGAUGGGACUUCGAUGGAAACUCAAGCAGUUAACAUAAACCUACCCUAAAUGCUUGAUUCUCCCCCCCACCCCGGAAGAGUAACUGAUGUCACUUCUGUAGCCAAUCUGCUUUGGAUUCCAAUGCUCGUUUCCCCCAGUGCAGCUUGAAAGAGAGGUUGGUUUUUGAUGGGUUUUUUUUGUGACGACUCAAUAUUAUUCUCAGCUAUCGGUUUCUGUUUGGUUUUUGGCUGAAGGCCUAGAAAAAAAAUAUAAAUAUAUAUAUAUAUAUACCUAUAAAAUUAGGUGGAGAGUAUUUUGUCACAUUUCAUUGACACUUAAAAGUUUUUUGGGUGUUUUUUUUUAAAUUAAGUUUGCUUCAAGUAGUCCCUUCCAAGAUGCAUCUAGGCUGGCCAUGGUGGCCAAGAUUUUGUGGAUUUUAACACAGCUUCUGAUUUUCCUGUGGAGAAAAAUACAGAAAUAAAUGGCCUGCAUGUAAAACUUCAUUUUUGAUGUGACAUGACUCUGAACAAUUUUAUGAAGUGACUUUAUAAAUUCUAAACUUUAUUAAAAGACAGGUGUCCCUUUCUUGGGUUUAGUAGUCCUUUAUAAAACCAACUUGAAGGAGUUAAAAGUGUGAAUUCUCUCUCACCCUCCCCUCCAAAGAGCAUACAUAAAUCACGGGGAAUUGUGUAUUUGAGUUCUAAUCUGUCAAAAUGAAUUCUUUGGACUAUUAUACAAAGUUCGAACUGAAAGCACUGGUAGUGGUUGCUUAUAGAAUCUUUAGGAAAUGUCAACUCUGUAUUUUGGCAGAGUGAUAACUAGGAAAUAUUCUGUGCCAUAUGGAUUAAUUCUCCCUUCUCAGCAUUACGGCACAAAAAGUCUGUUUUGGACUACACCUCCCAUCAUGCCCACAGCAACUGAUAGGAAUGAUGGGGAGUUUCAGCCCAGCAUCAGCAGGAGGGUCCCAGUUGUGCCACCACGAUAUAAAACAUACUGCACAGAUGACCAGAGAAAGGGAGUAAACUGUAAUUAACAAGCCUGAUCUGCAGGACAGUUCUUCAGGUGGGAGCAAGUUCUGGGUUUAAUUAGUCAGUCAGGCUUAACUUCAUGCGGGUCUGAGCCAAGGUUUUAGGAAAGUACAUGCUGUUGCAAGUCUGGGUGUGAGUUGAGGAGUAUGUGCAUUUACACGCUGGAUUUCUGUGUGUGGUCUGCAGCAGGAUAGGUGGUUAGUGUAGUUUGCAAAUAACCAGAAGGAAUUUAAUUAUCCUCUGAAACGGCUCUCUUAAAUCAACACCUUUCUGUAACAGUCUUUGUGUAAAUUACUCUAGGACUGCAUGAGACAAUGAAAAAAGCAGGGAUGUGCAAAAAAACCUGACCCAAUCGAUUCAAAUUGGAAUUGACUCUGCUUGCACAGAAUGGGGUUUGUUCAGACUGAGUUGCGUUCCAGCGAAUUCAAAACAAACUUUGCUCAAAUUCGAAUUCAGACGAAUUUGAAUCUAUUUGAACGGAUCCCAUUCUGUGCAAGCCGAUUCGAUUCAAAUUGAUUCGGUGGAAUUCUUUGCACAUCCCUAGAGGAAAGUCGGUAUGAGAGAGAAUAUUUUCAUGGCAGCUUUGGCUCUUGUAUUUGCCACUCCCCUCUCCACAAGGUGUUUGGAUUACAGUUUGUAUUAUUCUAUUCCUCAUGGCCCAAGUUUAAAGUUAUCCACAUCUUAAGAGACUACUUCAGAAAUUGUUUCCAAUCACAGGGUACUUCUUCUGAUUCAGAACUUCAGGGUCUUUUUAAAAAUUAAAAACAGCCAUAGUUUAUUUGCUUGAUGGUAGAGAUCCCACCCUCCCUGCAAAGAUAGUUAAGUUAUAAAUUGAUUCCGGCUUCACAAUGCUCUGGAAGUUCAUUGGUAGCAAAACCACGUAAGUUAAUCUUCAGCUGCCUCUCCGGCAGAGAAACACAUACAUUCCCAUUAGCUGGAGAGUCCAGCGGAUGCCAGCAAGAGCUAAGAAGGUUUACUGGAGUUUGGGUAGCCUCUUAUACUAGGGAGGGAGAAAGAGAGAGGAUCAAUAUCAGGUGUUUAUUUUGUAAUUGACAAGUUCCUAUCUCCUUGUAAAGGCAGAGCAGCAGUGGUGAGCUGCUCCAUCUGUUUUAUCGCCGUGAUUUAAUAUCAAAAUAAAAGUCUUGCACUUGG